UCAGCUGAUUUUAGAACGCAACUACAAAAGUUGUACGCAUAUAGUGAACUUUACCCUUCCCUUUUAUGUGUCGCCAAUGGAAAUAUUAUCAAGAUGGCGUCGCUCAUUGAGAACUAUGAGCAACAAUACGCCGUUUUGACAGCUGACAUUACUGCAAAAAUUGGUAGAAUAAGAACACAAAGCGGCAGUGAGAAAAGAGCUUUCAUUCAAGAUGUGGAUAGGCAAAUCGAAGAAGCUCAGGAGCUGCUGGAGCAAAUUGAACUGGAGGUUCGUGGGGUGAAUGGUGCUGCUCGCGAUCGCCUACGCGGUCGAGUAGAAAGUCACAGAGCAGAAUUGAAAAGAUUAACUCAGGAAUUUCAGUUAGCUAAAAAGCCAAAGGAUGAUAGUAUCGAAAUAGGCAGAGAAGAUUCAUGGGAGAACAAUAUUACAGAGGAUCAGAAAAAAAGAUUGUUAGACACUUCAGAACGAAUAGAUCGGAGUGGAAGAACUUUACAAAAUGGUUAUCGAAUGGUAUUAGAAACAGAAGAAAUUGGUACUCAGGUGUUGAAAGAAUUGCAUGAUCAAAGGGAGACGAUCCAAAGAGGAAGGGCAAGAUUAAGAGACACUGAUGCAGAGCUGGGACGUGGUUCUCGGUUAUUGUCAGGAAUGAUUUUUAGAAGCCUUCAGCAAAGAAUUAUUUUAGCAGCGGUAGCGUUAACACUUAUAAUUGUUGCUUGUGUUGUGGUGUACUAUAGCUUUAAAUCUUAAGGCUGAAGAUGCAAGUAGGACGAUUAAUUGAAUGGAAUAUCGACUCGAGCUGCAUUCACUAUCCAGUGAGUUCAAAAUGUUAUCGUUAAACUGCAGAUAUUUAUUCAUUUCUGAUGUAUUGAAGGCAGCAAAAUAUUUAUGUAUACUUUGUCGACUUCGACAUAUCGUAAAUGCGUAAACAUCCAUGGUCAAAGUAUCAUUAUUGAAUGCAACAUUUGUUAGAGGAUUUUUAAGCUGUAUUAGAGGAAUGUCUUACGACAUCCUUUUAUUAAUCUUUCCACCUGUUUGGAGCAUUUCGUAUAAUUUUGCAUACUUUCUAUAUUUAAUUGUUCAAAAUAGUCACGGCUACCGAUUUAAUAUGCAUUUCUUAUCGCGCAUCGAUGAACGCUUAAAAUUUGAUAAAAUACCAUUAAUCAAGAACUAAUAUUAACGAUAUAAAAAUGUUAUUAACAAGCAAAAAUGAUCGAGCCGUCUAAAAAGUAUGAAUCACUUAUGAUCUCCAAAGUUAUCCAAUUUUGUAAUCUAUUUAUUGUUGUAAAUGUCAAGUUUAUUUUACAUAACACACACGUGCCCGAUUGCAUUUUACGAAAGUGAACAAUAUACGCGUUUUUUGAAUA